GAUUGGUUAUAGUUGCUCCGGAGCUGACAGUAACCGGUCAAAUAUGGCGGCGUCCCAGGCAACCUCAGCUGCAGCACGAACCGCCGGAGCUGUCCGACCUCUGCUCAGCCGGGAUCUGGGGGAGGCCAAGCGGCGUGCGCGGGAGCUGUACCGGGCUUGGUACCGGGAGGUGCCCAAUACAGUCCAUGUCUUCCAACUGGAUAUAAGCGUGAAGCAGGGGCGCAACAAGGUCCGGGAAAUGUUCCAGAGGAGCGCUCAUAUUACAGACCCCAGAGUGAUUGAUAUGCUUAUUAUUAAGGGCAAGAUGGAUUUGGAAGAAACAAUCAAGGUGUGGAAGCAGAGGACACACAUUAUGCGUUAUUUCCAUGAGACAGAAACUCCGCGCCCCACAGAUUUCCUCUCCAAGUUUUACUCUGGACAAGAUCCUUAAGUGUACAAGUGCUGUGUGUUCUGUAUCCGGCUGCUAAUAAACUUCUACUUUAUAUAGUG